AUGUUGCACAAUCCCACCAUUGCCGAGCAGCAUGAGCAUUGGAUGGCCAAUUACGGCCGGACCUACAACGACCCACAGGAGAAGGCGAUGCGCCAAGCGAUUUUCGCAAAGACCUUACAGUUCAUCGAAGAUUUCAACAAGUCCGGGAAUCGGACUUUCAAAUUAGGUCUCAACCAAUUUUCAGACUUGACCAACGAGGAGUUUGUCCGGAGCCAUACUGGAUACUUGGCACCCAGGCAGCCUGAGCCUGCCAAAACACCAUCCGUUAACCACCAAAAGCUGACCGGAGAAGUUCCUGAUCACAUUGACUGGGUAGAGAAAGGUGUCGUAAACGCGAUUAAGUACCAAGGCCACCGUGGAUCCUGCUGGGCAUUCUCAGUCGUUGCAGCAGUAGAAGGAAUCGCGGUUAUCACCAACGGUACACUGCUGGUGCUCUCCGUGCAACAGCUAGUAGAUUGUGAGACCACAAGCUACGGCUGUGGAGGCGGUUACCUAGACAAUUCUUUCAAGUACAUUAUCCAAAACCAAGGAAUUGCGUCCGAUAAUAGCUAUGCAUAUGAAGGAGUAGCCGGGACCUGCGAUGCAACAAAAGCAGCAAAGCACACGACACAGAUCAAGGGUUUCAGGGAUGUCCCGUCUAGGGAGGAUGAGCUCAUGAAGGCAGUUGCGCAGCAACCGGUCUCAGUCAUAAUCUCAUCAAGCCACCAAGAGUUCCUGAGCUAUAGUGGAGCUGUAGCUAAGAAUGAUUCUGAUGGUGUUGAUUGUGUCUUGUCUGUCACUGAGGAUUCGUCAUUUGACGGAUGGAUAAUGGAUUAUGGUUGUUCAUUUCAUACUACACCAAAUAGGAACUGGAUCGUGCAGUCGAGAGCUUUGAUCGAGAUGAAGACUGAAUAUUUGGUUGCCCAUAUUAUUUUCGAGCGAGUGAUGGUAAGCUCGAUGGGAGGACAUAGUGCAUAUUCUAUGGCUAUGCAUAAGUUCAAGGUGAAGUUGCAAUUAGAAACUUCUGAGGUAGCGGGUACUAGCGGAAUAAUCAAUACGGAUGAUGCUUGUAGCGAGGUGGAGUUGAUAGAGCCAACGGUUGCUGUAGCUAAUGAAUUUGACAAGGAGGUUAUGUCAGAAAAUCCUGUGGCAGUUGAGCCCAUUGGGGCUGUGGGAGAGUAG